AUGUCAUUCCUAACCCAAUUCAAGCUCACCAACUUAUCACCAACCACCAAAAAAGCAGUCUCAGAUCUAACCCUUCUAGCCAUCUCACAAAUCUUUUUAUUUUAUGGUGUACGUUAUAUAAUCUCAAGAAAUGAUCCAACUAAACUAAACAAAGAUCAAAUCUUAAAGAAAUCAAAAAAAGUCAUUCAAAAAUUAGGACUUGAUAAAACUUUAUUGGAUUUGGAUGAACAUGAAGUUAUGUUGAUUGGUGAAGUGAUUCAACCUGAUGAAAUCGAAGUAGGUUUUGAUGAUAUUGGUGGAUUAGAUCCAAUUAUUUCAGAUUUAAAAGAAUCCGUCAUCUUUCCACUUUGUUAUCCAAGCACAUUUAAAUCUUCUGCAGGUUUGUUUAGUUCUCCAAAAGGAGUUUUACUUUAUGGUCCACCUGGUUGUGGUAAGACGAUGUUAGCCAAAACGUUGGCCAAAGAGAGUGGUGCGAUGUUUAUCAAUAUUAAACCAAGUGAUUUGAAUUCAAAAUGGUUUGGUGAAUCUUCAAAACUUGUGGCUGCUUUGUUUUCGCUAAGUAGGAAACUUCAACCUAGUAUUAUCUUUAUUGAUGAAAUUGAUUCUUUCAUGAGAGAAAGAUCAAAAACUGAUCAUGAAGUUUCUGGCAUGAUGAAGGCAGAGUUUAUGACGUUAUGGGAUGGUUUAGCAACUGGAAGUGAUACAAGAAUCAUGGUGCUUGGAGCUACCAACCGACCUAAUGAUAUAGAUUCAGCCAUCUUACGUCGAAUGCCCAAAAGAAUUCCAAUCGGAUUACCAAGUCUUGAACAACGUAUUAAAAUCUUACAAUUACUUUUGAAAGAUAUUAAACUUUCAUCUGAUUUAAGUCUUGAAUUCUUAGCAGAACAAACUUCCAAUUAUUCAGGUUCAGAUUUAAAAGAGUUUUGUAGAGUGGCUGUUAUGAACCCAAUCAAAGAAUAUAUGAGAUUAAGAGGUGGUGAUAAAUCAGCUAUGAUUGAAGCUAGUCAAACAGAAAUCGAAAUGAGACCGAUCGGUUUAGAUGAUUUUCCUUUUGAUAGAUCAUUAAGUACUAAAACAAUUGCUUCUGAACCAUUAGAUUAA